UAAUGGUAAUAGUAAUAAUAUCGAUCCUUUUCGUUUAUUUUCAUCGUCUUCUUCAGUACGUCAACGCUUUCCCCCUUAUCAACCACUUCCCUUUCGUUACACAAGUCACGCCUCACGUUCCCACCUCGCCUAAGUGGCCUUCGAGGGUUUGUAAAUCAUCGUCGCCACAUCAAGGCACUCGACGCGGCGGCUGUUUGCGGUGUCGUUAAGAUAAUUGGCAGGAAAGUGUUGGCGCCUCGUCGACAGCUUGCCCGGCGUGAGUUGGUCAUUAGGCGGCGCGUGAGGCGGCCACCAAGAGACUACCUGACGCCUCCUCAUCGGUCGGUGGUCUCGGAGGUCCAGGAAGGAGGAAAUUUGACUUGCAUCGGGGUGCCGUGACGAGGCUGAUGCGACUCUUGAGGCAGAGGUCGUGUUUCUAGACGAAGUGGGACGAGGGGCUGCCCUUGAAGCGAGGGACGUCACGACAGACAUAAGACAAGGACGAAAACUUGGAAAACCGUAACACCAACCAGACAGCAUGCCGGCCAUGACAGGAAGCCGUGGUUGUCCUCCUAAGCAGUGCGUUGAGGCUCACCCACAGCCCCGCGCCGCUGCCCACCUGACGAAGCAAGAGGUGAAGGGGCAUUCACAAAAUGUGCCGUGUGAGGACCCGUGCGGCCUUCAGGUGGUAAGGGAGAGAGAGGCGUCUUCAAAUACCUCACACAACAGCCAUCAACACCCUGCUCCCGAUGCUAAGAGCAACUGUUUCGUGGAAGAAUUCCGCGAGAUGUUCCUCGUGGCCGGCUUCUUCGGCGUCCACGUCAUCAAGCGACUCGGGAACGGCUGCUACGCCCUCUCCCUCCCGCGGUUGUGCGUGGCCCUCUCCUUGCUCUGCCUCGUGACCGCGUGUUUGGGGCUGAUCGCAGUGGGUUCCUACCUCACUGACACGACCCAUGACCUGCGCCUCUUCGUUAUCUGCAUCGUCUUUUCCGGAUCCACCUCAUUCUUCAUCCUCUUCGUCUGGCUGACAGAGUCCUCGAAGAUCAUGGCAUUCCUGGCGGAAGUCGAUGUCAACGAAGUCAGGGUGAAGAAGCCAAAAGGGCUGCCGCUGGUCAUGGUCGCCGUGUGCCUCCUGCCCCUCGCCCAAACCGUCGCCCUCCUCGUCAUGACUCCUCUCACUGAUUAUUUCCUCCACACGAUCGCCGUGAGGCUGCUCUUCCUCAGCCCCGUGUUCCUGUCCGGCUUGGUGCCGUGCCUCAUGGACAUUUACAUCAUGUCGGCGAUGCACGUGGUGGUGGCCAGGCUGCGGGCGCUGGAGGGCCGGGUGCGGGGCGAGGGGCUUUGGACUCCUCGCCUCACUAAUGAGGUCGCCGAUCAUUGGCUCUGCGUAACCAAAUUACUUGGUACUUGUAACGAGGCCUUUUCGUUUGUGCUACACUUCCGCAUGCUCCUCUUCUUGGUGGAGAUGAUCUCGCUGCUGUUCUCGCUGGUGUCGCUGAGGUGGCACGAUCACUGCCUCUCCUACUUCGCGGUGUUGACCACGAAGAACCUCGGGGUGGUGCUCCACUUCCUCGCCCUGUGCUUCGCCGGGGAGCGGGUGCACACGGCGCAGGAAGGCGUGGAGGCAGCCGUGAGGGAAGUGCACGCGAGAUACGACGCUGCCGAGCCAGCAGGGGAGUGCAAACCUCAAGCAAAAGAAGAGGCCACCACGCCCCUCGAGCCGUGGCAGAGCGGGCGCCUCACCCGCCUGUGUGUGCACAACCUCCUCUGUCGCAUUGAGGCGCGGCCCCUCAGCGUCCACAUCUGGGGGGACUCCAGCCUUGGCGGGAGGACCUUCGUGACCUGCAUGGGCCUGGUGGCAACCUACCUCGUGGUGCUCCUGCAACUGCGGGAGCCAAGCAGCGCCUUUGACGAGGACGGCAACUGCUUCGCGCCCUUGACGGCUAACGGCUGACGGACACGAUCGUGUGUGUGUGUGUGUGUGUUCAUUAGGUGAUGUGUUAUGAGCUCCCAGGAUAACUCAGAGGACCAAUAAGAGGACUUGCUCGUGUCUCCCUUUGUUCGUGUGCCGCCGGAACCUCGUCUACAGAGCUGAGGGGGGGGGGGGGGGGGCUGCAGGGCGUUCCCCGCCGUGCCCCGCCACUCACUCUGCUGCAGGACAAUAGGGCAUUGAAGAGCCGCAUGUGUGCAAGUACUCGACACUCCGCAGCGGCUAAAAAUACACAUGUUCGGAUCGCAAAGAAACAUUGAAUCAAACGUCUUUUUUUAUACUUUUUUCCCUGCUCAGCUGCUCACGAAAUCACGAUAUUAAUAAGAAAGAUGAUUAUAAUAUGGAGCCAACACGGUGCCCCUCCUGCCACAAUACAGCCUUUACACCCCACACACGCACACGCACGCACACCUAUAUAACCUCCUUGAGUCCUAUUCUUAAACAUUUCCACGUCCAAGCAUACACAUUUGACAAGGCUUUUGCAGGAGUGGGCAUUUCCAGGGGUACUAGUCCUAUUUUCCUGGUGGUAGUUUGACCCUUCCUCAGUACCAUGAACCUAAAAAAAACAUUCAUUAGAGCCUGACUGAUCCUCUUUUCGGCCUUGGGAAAUAGUUGAUGUUAGAGGCGGAGGUGUCUGAGAAUGCUGCCCCUUGUCCUCCCAUCAAGCCCCUCGCAUCCUCCAACGCAACCAGUCAUUACCGUGGGCAAGAGAGUCGCACGUGUGGUUGUUUGGCCAGCUGACUCAUAUCUGCGGUAGGUGUUAAGAGUAGCACACCUCUCGCCGCCCAGUCAAAGCAGCUCAGAGGAAAAGAAGAUAAACACGACUGUCUAUACCCCCGAUCCGAGGCAGACCAAGGAUUCGUGUGUUAACCCCCUAACCGACCCCCUCCCCGACCCCUCCCUCCGACCCCCCCCCUUAACUGCGUGUUCUUCGUCUUCGUCCUUCAGUUUCACGCCGCCAUGGUAACGCUGCGGAACCUCACGAGUUAGUUCAGAUCGCAUUUUUUUGUUUUGUUUUUAUUAAUUUCAACUCAAAAGCUCCCCCAUCAACUCGUACCUACGCAUCUAAACUUUGAUUUCUUGUCUUUUUAUUAUUUUUUUCCUCAUUUCUUACGCCCACAUAAACUUCGGUGCUGUCAACUCGGCGCCAGGAAUUAAUUAUCUUGACUUCCGUACCUUAUUAGACGACCUCCUCCUUUACCUGUGUACUCCCCUCCUCCUCCUCCUCCUCCUCCUCCUCCUCUGCUCCAUAUAAUAAUAAUAAUGAGGAGGAGGAGGAGGAUAAUGGUAAUAAAUAAUGAUAAUAAUAAUAAUAAU